CCAGGCGCAUUAGCGUUUUUUCCUUCCGUGCGUCGUCGGCUUUGGAAAGUCAGCCCUGCCGUUAAACCUACCCAGAUACGUCUCUCUCUCUCUCUCUCUCUAGUUUUCGUCUCAUAGAUUGUUAGAUUUCACCUCGUAUUCGAACGAUCUCUUCUAGACACUCACAGAUCCCAGCCUCUUCUAAUCUCUGACAAAGCUGGAGUAACAAAGGGUGAAGUUUGUAUUGGUUGUUAAACUGCAGUGGCAUUUGGUUCCAUGUUAAGCUAACACUAGUCUGGAAUGAUCCAACAGUCCAGCUAAACACAUGACAUCACAAACUUUGAGGAGAAGACUUCACCAUGGGGAUGUUAAUGGGAAAAGAAAUGAAUAUUUGGAGACGUCAGGGCUGGAAGGUUUGGAUGAACCGUUACUUGGGAAUUGUGAACAUGAAAGCGGGCACUCAGAAGGAGACACACUUGCAGAUAUUUGGGAUGAUGAACGAAAGAAGGAACACUUCCAUUGGACGCUUUUAUUUUCCCAGAUAAUUACCCAGUGGACACAGUGGUUAGCAAAUUUUGUUGUUGGAUCUGGCGCACUUAUUGGACGGCUUUUGCCCUUUCAUUCUGGCGCUCAAGAUGGACAUACCAAGAGGUUUCUUGUGCCUUCCCUUAGUCCUUUACAGGAGGCAAGACUCAAAAAUCUCCAGCAAAGGCUUCAAGUUCCCUUCGAUGGUUCUCUUGUGGAACAUCAAGAUGCACUUAAACAGCUAUGGAGAUUAGCUUACCCUGACAGGGAUCUCCCACCCCUUAAGUCAGAGCUUUGGAAGGACAUGGGUUGGCAAGGAUCUGAUCCUUCAACAGAUUUCAGGGGUGGCGGUUACAUAUCAUUGGAGAAUCUUAUCUUUUUUGCUAAGAUGUACCCGGAUGCAUUUCAGAACUUGUUGCACAAAAGAGAUGGAAGCAGAGCUGAGUGGGAGUAUCCCUUUGCUGUAGCCGGCAUCAAUGUUUCAUUCAUGUUGGCACAAAUGUUGGAUCUGCAAUCAGGGAAGCCAAAUUCUUUGGCAGGAGUACGGUUCUUAGAGUUACUGAUCGAAGAUGAGAUGGCAUUUGACAACCUUUACUGUGUUGCCUUUCAAAUGAUGGACGCUCAGUGGCUAGCAAAGCGGGCUUCAUAUAUGGAAUUUAAUGAUGUUCUGAAGUCAACGAGGACACAGCUAGAGCGUGAGCUUGCGCUUGAGGAUGUAUCCUUUGUGAAAGAUUUACCGGCUUACAACCUGCUGCAACAACGAUUCUCAAAGUUUUAAUUUACUUGUUACGUGUUGUUAAAUGUUAUUGCAAAAAACAAUGCGAUCAGAUGUUAUAUCAUGUAUAGAAUUGUAAAUUCUGUUUAUUUCGAAAAUCAUUCAUUGUUGGAUUAAUAAGAAGGUAGGUUCCUUAAAA